AUGGCUCCCAAACACCAAAAAGAGGGCGCCGAUGCCUCUCAAGAAGUGAAGAAGCCUAAGCAUGGCUUCAGAGUCGGUCCUGAGAAUCUGCCAGACGGUCCUUGGCGACGAAAAGUCACCAAGGUCAAGAAGGAGUUAAUUCACAAGGCAAAGGUCAAGAAGGCCUAUGCAAAGAUCAAGGCUCGUGAACAGGAGACUGCGCCACCACCAAAGACGAGCCAACCUGCUCAAGAUGAAGCUCCAGCUGGGGCUGACGCAGGCGAGGAAAAGCAAGCCGAGGAAGAGCCCGAGGUUAUGCAUCCCACAAGGUAUCUUAUGCUCGCAGACGAGGCAAAGGCCCAGGAGAACUCUGUUGGCGAGCACAACAGUGAUGGAAACAGGCGGCGGACCCGAAGACCUGGCUACUACGAGAAGCAACUCGGCAAAGCGGCCGAACUUCACCAGGAGGAAGAGCAAAGGAGACAAGAUUUCCAGCGCAGACGCGAAGAGCGUGAGCAAAAGAUGGCCGAGCGAGAUCGCUACAAGAGGGCCAUGGCCAAGACACGGGAUCGCGACGGCAACAAGAAGCUCGGUAGGGAGAGCUCUUUGCUGCUGGACAAGGUGAAGAAGAUGAUUGCUGAGAAGCGAUGA